CAAUCGCGACCGUUAGCCGGGGCCGGGCUGACUGACUGACUGCGGUGAGAGAGGAGAAAAUCUGACCGUCCGUGCCGGCUGAUGUGAAAAGUCACGAUACCGCAGUCAAACCACACAACGCCCCAGCACAUGCACAGGCUUGCUAAGGAAAAUAUGAAGUUCCUCAUGUGUAAAAUGGUGAUGGACAUGUUGUGAGUGAGUGGGUAACAUUUGGAGCAUUGUAAACCUCCUCGGAGCUUCGUACCGGGAUAACAAAGGCACCUCCAGGUCUCCGUCCUUUGAGUGGCUUUCUCUUUGCCACCUGUAGUCCUCCGAGGGAUCAGGCUCCUCCCCACCGAACGCUUCCCUGCCAGACGUCUCAGCUUCACCUCUUUCUCACCUCCCCGAGAGGGAGAGAGCAGCAGCCACCAUGGUGCUGUCACAGAGACAAAGAGAUGAACUAAAUCGGGCUAUAGCGGACUAUCUUCGUUCCAAUGGAUACGAGGAAGCCUAUUCUACUUUCAAGAAAGAAGCAGAAUUAGAUAUUAAUGAAGAGGUAGAUAAGAAGUACGCCGGGCUUUUGGAAAAGAAAUGGACCUCUGUUAUUAGAUUACAAAAGAAGGUAAUGGAGUUGGAGUCGAAGCUGAAUGAGGUGAAGGAGGAUAUGACGUAUGGAGGACCUGUUGGUCAGAAGAGAGAUCCAAAGGAGUGGAUCCCCCGUCCCCCAGAGAGAUACGCCCUGAGUGGGCACCGUGCUCCAGUCACUCGGGUCAUAUUUCACCCUGUGUUUUCUGUCAUGGUGACGGCCUCUGAAGAUGCUACCAUCAAGGUGUGGGACUACGAGGCAGGGGACUUUGAACGAACCCUCAAAGGACACACAGACUCUGUGCAGGACAUCUCCUUUGACCACACAGGAAAGCUGCUGGCUUCGUGUUCAGCUGACAUGAGCAUCAAACUUUGGGACUUUCAAGGGUUUGAGUGCAUCCGAACAAUGCAUGGCCACGACCACAAUGUGUCGUCUGUAGCAAUUAUGCCAAAUGGUGACCACAUAGUUUCAGCCUCCAGAGAUAAAACCAUCAAGAUAUGGGAGGUGGCUACAGGGUACUGUGUGAAGACAUUUACAGGCCACAGGGAGUGGGUGAGGAUGGUUCGUCCAAAUCAGGAUGGCUCGUUGAUCGCCAGCUGCUCCAACGACCAGACUGUGCGUGUCUGGGUGGUCGCCUCGAAGGAGUGCAAAGCUGAGUUGCGGGAGCACGAACAUGUGGUAGAGUGCAUCGCCUGGGGCCCUGACAGCGCUCACCCCACCAUCCUGGAAGCUACAGGCUCAGAGAGUAAAAAGAGUGGAAAGCCUGGCCCCUUCCUUCUCUCUGGUUCCAGAGAUAAAACGAUUAAAAUGUGGGACGUCAGCAUCGGUAUCUGCCUUAUGACUCUGGUGGGACAUGACAACUGGGUGCGUGGGAUACUGUUUCAUCCUGGAGGACGAUUCAUUGUGAGCUGUGCUGACGACAAAACAAUCAGGAUCUGGGACUACAAGAACAAACGCUGCAUGAAGACCUUGUCUGCUCAUGAACACUUUGUUACGUCUUUGGAUUUCCACAAGACUGCUCCGUACGUGGUCACAGGCAGUGUGGAUCAGACAGUCAAAGUCUGGGAGUGUCGCUGAGACUGCCACUAUUUCUCAUUCUGCCCUGCUUUCCCCAAUUUUAAGGAUAAAAAAAAAAAAGAUUCCCGAAGCUCCAUCCUAACUGACGCUCCCCAGCUCUUUCCCCCCUUCUGCCCCUCACCUCUUGCACUCCAAAUCAUAGUUGGCCAAUGCGCUUUACCUUUUCCUCGCCCCCUUUCUUCCCUACGUCGAUCCAGCCCCAUAAAGAUGACUAUUGUCCUUUUUGUGUAAAUUAUUCUGGAUGUAGGGUACGCUUAAUAAAUGUCACGCAAUCUCUGACACAUAAACAUACUCAAAAUGAUAAGAAAUCUCUUUGCAUGGUGACUCAAAAAUAAAAAGAAUUCAAUACUGUUAGAUUUACAAAUUUCCAUACUGUUGUCAUGAUUUCCCAUUGGGUCAAAGGGUAAAUGUCUGUGUGCUGGUGCAGAUGGGUUCUGGUUAACUGACAGUGCACUAUAACCAAUGGCGCCUCCUGUUGAGGGGGUUUAGGUUAUGUUUAGUUUUGUUUUUAUUUCACAGCUCAAUUUCUGUGGUCUGUUGCUGCUUUUUUUUUUUGUUUUGAGAAAAUAAGUGAAAAAGAGGAAGUUGAAGGAAAAGAAAUCACGUCAGAAGCAGCUUCUUGGUUUAUUGCAUUAGGUUUAUGUCAUGUGAGUGUGUCUGUAUGUUUCGACAGGAGAAUCUUUGCACCAAAUCUACUCCAGUGGUGUGAUGAGGGCAGGCAAAGCUUCUUGCCACUUUCAUUUCUUCUAACCAACUUGCUUUCAAGUCGACACUCACCUGAUCUUAAUGAUCCAUGAACUGCUCUGAGAGCACAGGCCUAAAACCCGACGCGAAAGUGUGUUUUACAGAGGGAAAAAGUCAGCUCACCUGUUCAUGAAAUGUGUGUGUCCCUCCAGAGAAACGCCCAGUGCCCUCUUACUAUCUCUGCCUUGAUAACCCACCCAGGGCUCUGUCACACAGGAUUUUCAUCCAGCUUUCUGUGGUCUCACUGCUCUCUUUACACACACAUACACUCAGUAAUGCACAUACACGCACAGUAAGAAGUUGUGUAUCAAUAUAUCUGGAUGUCAAUGUUUGCAGCAUAAUGAAAUAAAAUUCUGUAAAUAUA